CUUAAAAUUACAUAUAAAGAUGCAAAAAAUAACAGGAUCUGGAGUGAUGGUGUUUAUAAAAGACAAAGAAGAAACAUUAGUUUUAUUACUUCAAAACAUUCGAAAGAGAUAGAUGGUGAUGAUGGAACCUGGAGGGAUUUUAGAAGUUGGUCUUUCAUCAAUGAGUAAUGCAUUAAAGGAACUUUAUGAAGAAACAUUUGCAGGUCUAUCAAAAUCUGAUUUAGAUGAAGAUCAUAAAGUUAUUGUGAAUUUUGAAUACUUGUGUUAUGCUGUUCAUAUUAAGAUUGAUGAUUUAAAAUUUUUUUAAGAAGUUAUGAGUAUGAACCAGAAAACAUUACAUAUGUCAAAUAAUAGAUCAUUACAUUCAUUUAAUGAGUGUAAAGGAUUUAAUUUAGUCAAUUUAAAAGAAUUGAUGAAAGUGAAUUUAGAAUAUAUCUAAAAAGAUAAUAAUCAAAUACCUUUACAUGUUAGAACUAAAUCAGCUUUGAAAGAGUUUUUAGCAAAAGGAAUUAUAGAAAAAGACUUGUCGAUAAAAUUGCCAUUAUUUUAAUGUUCAUUAGAUAAAAUAAGAAUAAAGAAUCCAAAAUCAGCUUUAUAUGUGUUAAAUAAUUAAUAUACUUAUGUUAUACAUUGA